GCAGCAAGUGCUCACUCACUCAUCUUCUUCUUCCUCUGGUCGCUCGAUUGAUCGAGGUGAAACACCUAGCUGAAGAUGGGCGCCCAGAUGAAGAGCUUUGUCAGGCUCCUGAUCCUCGUGCAGGUGGCCGCCAUCCUCGCCGGGCACGGCGCCGCCGAGCUCAGCAUGGACUACUACGGCAUGAGCUGCCCGUACGCGGAGUACAUCGUCCGCAACGUCGUCGGCCAGGCUCUCAUGAAGGACCCCACCCUCGCCGGCAGCAUCCUCAGGCUCCACUUCCACGACUGCUUCGUGCAGGGCUGCGACGCGUCGGUGCUACUGGACUCGACGGACGACAACACGGCGGAGAAGGACGCGCCGGCGAACAAGAGCCUGCGCGGCUUCGAGGUGAUCGACAGCAUCAAGGAGGCCCUGGAGGAGCAGUGCCCCGGCGUCGUCUCCUGCGCCGACGUCCUGGCGCUCGCCGCCCGCGACGCUGUGUUCAUGGCGCGCGGGCCCUACUACGGCGUGCCCCUGGGCCGCCGCGACGGUUCCCGCUCCGUCGCCUCCGACACCUUCCUGACGCUGCCGCCGCCGAUCAAGAACGUCACGGUGCUCAUCCAAAUCUUCGACAAGGUCGGCCUCGACGUCCACGACAUGGUGGCGCUCUCCGGCGGCCACACGCUGGGCAUCGCGCACUGCGCCAACUUCAAGAACCGGAUCAAGGACGAGACGGAGACGCUGGACGCGACGCUGGCCUCGUCGCUGGGCUCCGUCUGCAAGGGCGGCGACUCCGGCAAGGCGCCGUUCGACCGGACCAGCACGCGCUUCGACGCCGUCUACUACCGGGAGCUCACCUCGAAGCGGGGGCUCCUGAGCUCCGACCAGACGCUGUUCGAGUCGCCCGAGACCAAGGAGAUGGUCAGCAUGUUCGCCAUGAACCCGGACUACUUCUUCUACGCGUUCCAGCAGGGGAUGCUCAAGAUGGGGCAGAUCAACCUCAAGGAAGGCGACGACGGCGAGAUCAGGCACACCUGCAGGGUCGUCAACUCCUAAUCCGAUCAUCCUAAUUCCCAAGUAUGAUGCAGCUAUAUGUUGUCGAUCGAUCCUGUGUGAGUGUGCUUGCCCCUGUUUCUCAGCAAGUGUGUGUGAAAUCAUGUACGUUCUUAUAUAUAUGUAUGUGUGGUAUAUGCAUGGCUUGUAAAAGUAAAAAACAAGCAUGCAUGGCACUGGUGUAUGAUGCAGGUGCCAUGCAUCAUGUGGUAGAAACUAAGAAAGAAGCUUAAAGCAAAUAAAAAUGGGAUGGUGUAGUGUAUUAUGUACUGUAACGACAAAUAAUAGCCGAAGAAACAAGGAUUUCAGCUUGCAAAAAUAUA